ACCCACCACAAAACCUUCUUCUUAAUUGCUCCAACCAAACCAUCCAUUCCAAAAGCCAAAGGACUUUAAAAGCAUUGAAACAAAAAAAAAUGGCCACCACCAAGGACUUCCUCCUCGUCUCCCUCGUGAUCACGUUGUGCCUAGCAAGCACAAAGACUAGCUCCGCCGCCUCCGCUCGCCGCCUCAUGCAAAACCCUAGGGUUCCGCCACUGGCGGCGACAGUUCCCCCUCUGCCCCAAAAGCCUUCAUUUCCUAACACCAUGCCUCCUCUCCCACCUUUCAACUUGCCCAAUAUAAUACCUAUCCCGACCACCCUGCCGCCUACCCCAAGCUUUCUCACUCUCCCCCCGUUGCCCACCGCAGCGCCGAACUUUCCCGCCAUUUCUUCUCCGCCUCCGUCAAAGUGAUCUAAUCAUAUUUGAGGGUCUUAAUUGGGAUAUAUAUAGUACUAUAAUACUCAUAUUGGUUGGUUUGGUAUGUCAUCAAGAUCAUGUCAUUUGUGCCUGUAGAUCUGUUUUGUUUGAUUUGCCUGUGUUCGAUUAUUCACUUGUGAGUGUUGGUUGUUUCACUUGUUUUACACUUUUACCAUGUGGUUAAAUUUAAAUAAAUAGAUUAGUGUUUU